GGCAACCAUCAGGUGGGGCAGACAGGUGUUCGACGCUUUUUACUCUUAAGAAACCGAUUGCUUGUCAAAAGUAAAUAAGGAAAUUUAUUCCUUGGCUAAUAACUCACCUAAAAGAACGGGAAUUUUGCGACUCCAUGAAAGUAAUUCUCUCUUUAGAGCUCUUCUUUCCUGGAUGCAACUCGCCUUACCGCACUCCAUUUCUGGGGGAACCCCCGACAGGUAGCGCUACCUGGAAUAUCAGGAAAUUUAGCAAUUGCGUCACGGAUUAGAAUUUAGAUCAUGUGAUAUGUUUGUCUCUAUUUCAGUCAUAAAGAAUAAUUGCGAGGAAACUGCUCAAGAUGGGUUCCGAAUUCCCCACGAGAAUCCACUUUUUUCAAAAGUAAAAACCCAACACCGAACCAAACUUUCGAAUAUUCCAUCAGCGCGAACAUUAACCGUCAAAAUUUUCUCACACUUGCCUUAAAUCCAUUUCGACUCAAUUUCUAUACUUAUCGAGUUAAUCACUGAGAAAGAAAAGGGUCAAAAUGUUUUAUAGCUACGAACUACUUACUAAAGAAGGAAAAUUUGGCAUAUUAUGGCUUGCUGCGACGUCAACAAAACGACUAACAGACUUAGAAUAUAAUUCUCUAAAUAUGCAAUGGAUCUGUAAUGAAAUAAAGAAGUACAUUGACGGAAGGCACGCUUCUCGCAGAAGAAUGUCACUCUACUUGUCAGCCAUGCUGAUGUACGGUUGUGUUGUUAUUCACAGCGAAAAAAGCAAAUUACUAAUGAGGGAUAUAACAGCUGUUAUUGGCCAAAACCGUCUUAAAGUCACAACAAAUGAGUUGUCCGUUCAGCUACCGAAGACUAGGAAAAGAAAAAAGAAACGUACAGGCUCUAUGAUUGAAAUACCCAAGGGAAAUAUUGAAGAUCCUUAUUUUGGUAUCACAAGACACUGGGAUAUAGAGAGUAAUCUACUCAUUCCAUUUCUAACUGAAGAUCUUAACGAAUCUAUACCCGAGUCACCAACACAUGCUAGAAAUCAAGCUAUCCAAGCGAAUCACGUUGAUAUUACUAUAAGAGAGAUGCAAGAGGAGGGCCGAAAUGUUACUCUUGAUCUGGUCGAAGACGAUUCUGCUAUGCUUGAUGCUGAAAGAUUGGAAAAUCUACUAGCUAAUUUUGAUAAUACUGGGGAUGAAAUACACUCGAAAAGAAGCAAGAGUAAUGAAAUCAAAAGAAUCGAUCACACGCAAGAUAAUCAGCUGUGCCUACCAAAUGCAUCUCCUAUUCAUGAUCCAGUUAUCAUUGAUCGAGACCAAGAUAAAAUGAAUCACUCAGAUGAUGUGAUUGGUGACACGACUUUAAGGCCAGAACAAAUGGCAUUUGAAGAAAGCCAACAUCCUACUAAAGCAACAACUGAGGAUCAAAUGGUUCAAGCUGCUGAUCGACCUUCGGAAAUGCUUCCAAUGGAGGAUAUAACAACAGUUGAUUCAAAGAAAAAGGAAAAAGAAGAUCAAGUUCCCUCAACUCCAAUCAAAAAGAAGCCAAAACCAACUGAUGAAGAGGAACCUAAGAAGAAAAAGAGAAAGAUUAACUUGGAAGAUUCUCUUGCUAUUCCUAAAACUCCAGUGAACACCAAAUCAAAAAGGAAGAGACUAAAAAAGUUUAUUGAGGACGAAAAUGCAUUUAAUCAAAGUCAAAAAAGGCUUACAUUUAGCGAGCCUGAAGUCAGAGUGACUAUUCUGGAUGACGAAGGAUUACUUGACAAUACUUUUGACUUGAACGCCGCCGAAGGAAACAAUUGGCCUUACAUGCUUUUAGAUGAUAGUGAAUUAGCGAAAAUGAAUCGUGAUCAUCCUAGCCAUCCCAGCCCCUUGAUAUCAGAUACCCUUCAGGAACCAAUUGAAAUACCUCGUGCCAGAGACCAAUCCAUGGACAGCGUAUUGAUUUCCGAUCAAGGGCAUAUUAGUGAUAUAAAGGAAACUUCAAGAGAUUACUCGGACAUUUCAAGACCCAGUUUGCCUUUGGAAAGCAUUAAUGCUAGUCCACCUCGUGCAGCACAAACACACGCUCACCCGGUGAUUUAUGAAGAGAGGGAGAGUGGUAAUUUAGUAGCCAGUAAAAAUGUACGGGAGCUCUACGAGUUGAUCCGUCUUACGCUGGAAAACCACCAUGAAAUUGAAUUUUCUCAGGUUGUAGCUGGAUGCGAUAAAAAGUUGACAGUGAAAGCAUUUUAUGCUAUGCUACAUAUGGUGAAAGAUAAUUUAAUUGAGAUCAAGCAAAGAAAAUCAUACGGAUCAAUUAGAAUCACCAAAGGGAAACUUUUUAGUACCUUUUCUCCCAACAGUUGGAGUCAGAAAAAUCAGCAAUUUUAA